AUGUAUUCCCAUUUUAAAAUUCAUAUUGGCAAUGAAUUACCAAAUACCAUUAAUAAUUAUAAUAAUAAUAAUAAUAGCCAACAUAAUGAUAAAAUGAACCUCAGUAAAAUAAAAAAUAAUCAAGAUAUUCCCACAUCCAAUACAAAUAUCUCACCAAAACCAAUUUCACAACAAAAAAGAAGAAAAGUUGAAAAAGGUGGGGUUGAGUGUAAACCAAUAGUUCCAUCAACUAGUUCAACUUCCACUUUAAUUCCAACACCCCCACCAAAACUACCACAACAACAACAAGAACUACAACACCACUCAAAACCAUCAUCAUCAUCAUCUUCUUCUUCUUCGUCUUUAUCAUCUUCAUCCACCUCAAUACCAAAUUCUCCAACACCAAUAUUUCCUGUUUUUUUAAUUCCAACUCAAAACAUGGACCUAACAUGUUCUUAUUCAAAUUCUCAAAAUUAUGUGGAGUCAAACAUAAAUAAUAAUAUCAACAAUAAUAUUAACAAUAAUAAUAAUAAUAAUGCCAAUAACAUUCAGUAUAUUAACAGUAAUACGUAUAGUGGUGGUUGUAUUAGUAGAAGUAGUAGUAGCAGCAGUAGUAGUAGCAGUAGUAGUAGUGGCAAAAGUAAUGAGAAUUCUAUUCAUUUAAAUAGUAUCAAUAAUGACAAUAAUAAUUAUUACAAUAAAGUAUUGUGUUAUUUAAAUCAACUUGAGGACGAUCAAAGAAAACAAUAUCUAUUCCAACAAACUCAACCACCACAACCAUACCCACAACAAAUUCAACCACCACAAGAACAACUUCAACAACAUCAAUCUCAAGCACCUCAUUCACCACUACCUCAACCACAACCACCAUCACAAUUACAAACUCAAUCAAUAUUUCAAAUCUCUCCUAUUCCACAAAAUAACUCUACCCAACAAAUUUUAAUUCAACAAACUCAAAUCCAUAUCACAUCGACUCCAAAUCAAACCCCUAUCUCAACUCCUCAACAACUAGGAAAUCAACAAUUUCAAUUCUAUCAAGCUUCUAAAUCCACAAUAAUAGAGAAAAAUAAUAUUAAUAUUCAAAUAAAUAAAAAUAACAAUAGUGGUGAAUUUAGUACCAAUAGUGAAACUAAUAUUAGUAGUAGUAAUGAAAAUAUUAAUAGCAAUAAUAAUACCAAAAUAGAUAAUAAUAGUAAUACUAGUAAUGGUUUUAAUAGUAAUAGUAAUAAUAAUAAUAAUAAUAAUAACAAUAAUAAUAGUAAUAGUGUUCAAUUAAAUUAUAUUGAGUAUGAUGGAAUUAAUUUAAAUAAUCAAAUUUUUAUGAACUCUGAUUUUAAUAAUGAAUUCUUUCCAAAUAAUACCGAUGAAAAUUAUCCAAGUGAUCAUAAUAGUAAUGAUAAUAACAACGAUAAAAAUAAUAAUACCAAUAAUAAUAUUAUUAUUAAUGAUGAUAAUAAUAAUAAUCCAAAUAAUAAUAAUAUUAACAAUAACAAUUCAAUUGAAAUAAUUGAUGAACAAAAACAUCAAUUACAAUUACAAGAGCUUCAACUUCAACAAGAACAACAACAAGAACAACAACAAGAACAACUUCAACAAUGUCAUAUAGAAAUUAUAAAAAAUAAUAGUCAAUUUCCAUUUACUCCAAAUACAACAGAGUCUGGAUUUUCUUCAACCUCAACAACUCCAUCCUCUACUUCAGUUCCCUCAUCAUUAUCAAAUUCUUCUUCAGCAAUACCACCACCUUCUUCAAAUUAUUUAGACUGUUCAGAACCAAUUAACAAUUUAGAAUCUUUUAAUUAUAAUAAUUCCAAUACCAAUACCAACAAUAUUAAUAAUAAUAAUAAUAAUAAUAAUAAUAAUAAUAAUAAUAAUAAUAAUAAUAAUAAUAAUAAUAAUAAUAAUAAUAAUAAUAAUAUUGAAAAUAUAAAUAUUAAAAAUAGUAAUAGCAAUAUCAAUAGUGGUUAUAAAUCUAAUAUAAAUUGUUCAUCACCAAAUAGAACCGUACCUAAUUCACCAAUUUCAAACUAUUCAUCAAUGUCAUCAUCAUCUUCUCCAAAUUCAUUUACAUCUUCAACAUCAUCAUUAAAUAUAUCUUGUUCUCCAAACAGUGAUCCCUUAACACCUAUUGUACCAACAACUCCAACCUUAAUAGAACAAACAUUCCAAAUUCAACAACCAUCUUUUGAAAAUAUAAAAAAUAAUACUCAAAUUUCACCUUCAUCACAUGAUGGCGAUACUAUUUCAGAAGUUAUUAUCAAUCAUAUAAAUAAUAAUAGUAUUAAUAAUAAUAAUAACAAUGAUAAAAAUAAUGAUAUUGAUAACUCAAACGAAAAUUUAACGACUACAACUACCACCACCACUACUACAACAACAACAACAACAACAAAUAAUAAUAAAAAGAAAAUUAAUAAUUAUAAAAUUAAUAAUUAUAAUAAUAAUAUUGAUAAUAAUAAUCAUGAAUUAAAUGAUGAUGAUAAUGAUGAUGAUGAUGAUGAUGAUGUUGAUGAUAAUGAUGAUAAUAAUAAUAAUAAUAAAUCAAUUUAUAAAAAAAAAGAAAUUAAAAAAAGAGAGAUCAGAGAUGAAUUGGAAAGAAAGAAUGAACCAAAGAGAAGGGAAUUAAUAAAGAAGUUUAUAGAGAGUAAAGAUUCAAAGUUUAAAAAGUUAACAACUGAUGAACUGUUAAUAAUGUCACCUAAAGUAUUUGGAAAGAUAAGUCGUUACAAUAUGUUUGAGGUAUUUUUUGGUAAUGAAGAAGUUUGUGGUGGAAAUAUUAAAGUAUCUGAUACAAUUAAAUAUCGGGACCAAUUGGAACAAAUCCUAAAGAAAGUUUGGUCAACCAAUGAAUAUUGGAGAUGCCCACUCUGUGAAGAUAUAAUCAUCUCUCAGAAAUCGUUCUCUCAACCCCAUGAAAACAGGUUCAGUAAUAAAUCUUGUUUGAAAUAUCAUUUACUUCGAUUACAUUUUGCAGAUGUAAAAUCAACCAUUGUAAAGAAAAGAAAAAUCGAAUCAAGGGAUAUGUCAAGUGACCCACGUUAUCGUAAAUGUAAACAUGAUGAUUGUCAUUCUUGGAUCACUUCAAAACAUAUGUGUGAUCAUAUCAUCAUCGAUCAUCAUAUCGAUGAUCCUCAAAAAUCAAAAACUUGUGGAAAAUGUAAUGAAUUAAAAAAGAAAUUAAAAAAAGAUUUCUUUAAUAAUAUUAAUCAUUAUUAUGAAUCAAAUAAAUUAAGUGAUUUAAAAAUUGAAUAUAAUAACAAUCAUAAUAAUAAUAUUAAUACUAAUAAUAAUAAUAAUAAUAAUAAUAAUAAUAAUAAUAAUAAUAAUAAUAAUAAUAAUAAUAAUAAUAAUAAUAAUAAUAAUAAUAAUAACAAUAAUAAUAAUAAUAAUAAUAUUAAUAAUAAUAAUACUAAUAAUAAUUUUAAAACAAUUAUUACAACAACUACAACUUCCACAACAACACCAUCAAAUAAUAUUGAUGAUGAUAAUAAUAAAAAUAAUAAUAAUAAUAAUAAUAAUAAUAAUAAUAAUAAUAAUAAUAAUACAAACCCAAUUCCAAAUUUACCAAUGCCAAAAAAUUUACAAAAAUAG